AUGAUUAUCGACGUCAAGAAAUGCUUGCUCCUCGGCCUUGUUGCCCUCUCGGAGGCCUUGCAAGCUCACCAUGGGCACAUGACGUUCAAGAGAGGACUCCCAGGGCCCGUGGGUGACGAUAGGAUUCCGGCCACCAUCCGGCUCGGGAACAAGGAUUGGACUCGCAGCGAGAUGAGCAGCGUGAUUCGCAAAGCCCUUAAGGAUCCCAACGGCUCGAAGCAUUUUCAAAACCGCGGUCUCGAAAAGGUCGGAAACAACUGGCAGGAGAAAAAGGGACCGCUGUUUUCGGGACAGGGAACGGAAGGCAAGCUGGUGGAGGUUGACCUGAAGGAAAAUCCCAGAGUCCGGGGGCCGUUCCGGGCCAUCGUGACCAAGGCGGGCCAUUUUGUCGGCAUAACGGAGCAUGAGGUGGGCAACAACGUCAAGAGCAUCUACGACGUGAAUCAGAAGAUUGCACGCGGAGACUUUUUGAAGGUGCCCGAACGAAUACCGGCCGGCGGCAAGCAAAUCAGCCGGGCGCAGAUCGCCGAGGCCAUGAACGGCAAAUCACGGACCCUGCUGAGGGAGGGAACGGACAAGGGCUCUUGGAGAGCUCCCAUCAAGAUGCCGGCCGUAAAAGGUCGUCUGCCGCUCCCUUCCGUCCCAGGGAAGCCGGCGGAUGAAUUCUUCGUCGUGUUCGACGGAAACAAAUUUGUCCGCGUAGAAGACAAGAACAAGAACAGCAUCUAUCCGGUGCCGCAAAAGGCCGGGACGAGCAGAUGCAAGAGGGCGGGUGCAGAUUGCGACUGGGAGCCGUCGGAGAAGGAAAGUAACGGCGCCGGCGGAAGCGACGCGAGCUCGCAGCGGCCCGAGGGGACGGCCGAAGGGACGAACGAGGGUGCGGGAGAGGAGCUGUCGGUCAUCAUCGAGAAGGCGUCGCGCCAGGAGUUCAAGGAGCUCGCGGUUCGAUACAGGCUCGGUUCCGUCGUCGGCAAGCACUUCCACAUGGACCUGGCGACAUUCCGCAGCGACAAGCUCCGGUACAGGCCCUUUGGCGCGGCUCGGAUAGGGGCCUCGCCGAAGCUCGGCACCAAGGCGCUCAAGUCGGCCGGCACGUCGCUCAAGAUGCUCGGCGCAGGGCUGUACCUGCACGGCGUCAUCGAGGCCUUUACGCACCAGACGAGCGCCAUCGACCGCGUCGCCGCCGUCACGGCCAUCGUGCCUCUCGUCGGGUGCGCCACCUCCCUCGCGGCCUCGGGCUCGCACGAGGCGAUUGGCAGCUUCGAGGCCGUCGACACCUUUUUCUGCGUCGCGGGCGACGUUCUGCUCUUCACCCCCUACGCCCCCGCAGGCCUCGCCAUUCACAUCAGCCGCUUCUUCAUCGGCCUCGUCAGGUACUUGGCGUCGGGGUCGAGCGCGGAGCGGCUUCGGGCGGCCACGAGGGCGCGCGACGACGCUUGGCGGAUGUUCCUCGACGAGGGUCUGUACCGCACGCUCUCGUCCGACGAGUUUGGUCGCAAGCUGGGCAGCGUCCUGGCCGUCGAGUCGCUCGCCUUUCUGUCCGAGGGCGCGCAGACGAUUGGCAUCUUCGAGGCGAGCCGGCAGCAUUCCAUGACGCUCACCAACGACACCGUCGAGCAGGGCCAGCUGGAGGACUUUUUCCAAAACGUCACGGCCAACGUGCGGAGCCGGCUGUCCGCCGAGGUGGUCGCCAGGCAGCGCGAGGUUCUGUUCGAGCUCAUCGAAAAGGCCCGCGACCAGCACGAGCAAGGCUCGGCACGGGCCUACGCCGAGAGUUUCAACGAGCAGUUCAUCAGCGAGAAGCUGGCGGAUGACGACGACGAGGCGACGGGUCAGGCCGGCUCGUCGGCGCCGCCGGCCGCUUUCCGUGACUUGCCGGCCACAGCUUCGCCCGACGAGGCGAGCAAAGCGUUGGAGGCACUGCCGGUGGACGAGAGGGUCCAUUGGGAGCAAGAGGGACUGUCGAGGCGGGAGGCCGACGUCAUCAGCAUCCAGCAGACGCACGCCGUCAUGCAGCAACUCGACGGCAGGAUGGCCAGAGAAGCCAUGGUCAAGGCAUCGCCGACGCUCGACGCCGCCCACGCGCAAGAGGUCCAGCUCCUCGCGACGAUGAUGCUCGGAAGCAGACUCCGGCAUUGGGGCCGAUCCGACGACGGCAAGAUUCGCUUCUUUCCCGCCUCGGUCGCGAGCGACCCGGCCAGCACCAUCGGCUCGGUGCUUGGUUUAGACGUGGAGGAUGUCAAGGCGACUCUUGGCCGCUGA